CGGCUGUCCACGUGUUAUAAGCUCUUUAACAUCGUCUCUCUACUUACCUACGUACCGACCUACGACGGGUCUAUAUUUGUAAACACGCGAGCAACGAGUAAGAUGGAUGUAUAUGAACCGCGCAAGAAAGAUUGGGAGGAUUUGGAAGUGUCGCGCGAGGAAUUGGAGAACAUCACCGAGUGUCUGAAGAAGGAGGAAUUCCGCAAGUUGUUAAUCGAAUACGCCGAAGAGGUGUCCGACCCGAAUAACAGGAAAAUCUACGAGAAGGAGAUUGCGCAGCUCGAGAAGGAACGGGGCGUAGAUGUGACAUUUGUCAAUCCGGAACCCGGUUACGUCAUAAAGACUAGUGUAAACGGUGACAGGAAGUGUUUCCUGAACAUCAGCAAGAACGCGGUCAUUGGACGACCCACCAGUCAACCCUCGUGCGAGCAAGGUCAUCGCGGUCUUCAGUGGUCCAUUCCAUAUACGCUUAUACCACCACGAGAUGACUUGGAUAAGAAAAAUGUGCGAUGCAUGGUGUUUGACGUGGUCUUUCAUCCGGACACCAUCUACUUGGCGUCCAAGAAUGCCCGAUUCCGCGAAAUUGUCAACAAUACAGCGAUGGACGGUGUGGAAAAUAACUUUAAGGUGAAAUUGGACAGGAAGAAUUUGAAGUUUCCCAAGAUCAACUUUAAAGGGGUAACUCAUCCUACAGUGAUCAGAAAACCAUCGAAAGAGCCACCAAAGGAAUCGCUAGAUUUGGAACCAGAAAUUUAUCAAAAGCUAAUGUCAAGCUAUGAUGAAAGUCGUGAGAAGUUAAAAAAGAAAGAGGAGAAACCACAACAUGCCCCACCAGUUACUACUUAUUACAAGAGCAAACAGCAUCAAUCAACGGAUGAAAACUAUGUUGCUCCUAAAUUUUCCAUAAAACACCAAUUUGAUGUGGAAAUGGAAGAUUUUAUUUUAAGUAAAGAUGCAAAGAUGAAUGCUGCAAUUCCAAAAAAAUUUGUGAUUAUUAUAGAUUUGCCUUUGUUGAAAAAUGCUAACGAUGCAACGCUUGAUAUACAUGAACAAUCUCUUACCUUGAAAAGUGAAAAGCCUGCAAAGUAUCUGUUAGAACUUCCAUUACCAUAUCCUGUAGAUGGGGAUAAUGGAAAUGCUAAAUUUGAUGCAAAGUAUAAAAAAUUAAUUGUAACCUUACCAGUCAUUCGGCCCUUGAUACCUAUGGAUAAACCAGAUAGUGGAGUUGAUAGUGAUCAGAGUAGUCCUCUAUCGGUAGCAUCCAAAGAUGAUGAAAAGAGUUCAUCCAAAAUAGAGUUAGUGGAAGAAUAUAAAAAUGUGUGUAAAAAUUUGGCAUUUGAUAAAACGAGUGAUAUAAUAGAGUGCGAAGAUACUGCCUUACGGACUUAUAUUAAGACAGAAACCAUUGAUGCAUUUAUGAAUUCUAAUGUCAAAUACAAUCUUCCUCCAUACUCUUGUAAUAUUUACAAUAAUCAGUUAGCCAUUACUAUAAAUGUAAAAAAUGUGAAUCCUGAUUCAAUAUGCCACAAAAUUUUAGAUAAUAAUGCAGGAAUACAUAUCUUGCUGACAUCUAUAGGUGCUGGAUUUUUUUCACAAUAUUAUUCAUUAUGUCUUAAGAUAGGAGAUAAUUGUAUUGAGCCAGAAACUCUUACAAUUGAACCAUGGGACAAUAAUGUCGUGUUUAGCAUAACAGUGCAGGAUAUUGAGAAUCUAACACAAUAUUUGGUCGGUGUGAACAUGGAAUUUAUGGAAAGAAAGGAUCUCCCUACUGCAGCAUCAUUUACAAACAAGUUCAAGGAAUUAAUGGUUUGUACAAGAGAUGAGCUACAGGUGGAAAGACAGUUCUCUGUGCAGCCAGAUGGUGAUAGCGUUGUUAUAGACAUUCGUCCAAAUCAACAGGAUUCUGAUGAUGACGAAGAGCAGGAAGACAUAAAAAUUGUACAGCGACGGCAAGAGAAAAUGCAUACCAUAGAAAAAACUAGAUCAGUUUCUGAAAGCAGCGGAGAUGAGUUGGCAAGCAGCAAUGGCAGUAUGAGACUUUCGAAAGGAAUUUUAAAGUCGCAUCGUGCCCGUAAUUUCUCACGUUCUAUGUCUGAAUCAAGUGCCGAUGAAAAUAGCCUUCCUGCAUCGUGUACAGAUUAUCAUUAUGAUUUCAUACACGAUGUUAAUUCCGAAUCGGAUUGUUCCAGUUUAAAAAAGACUGUACGAUUUAAUGAUGUAGUUUCACGACAAUUAUUCAGGUCCAAUUCGAGUAUCCUUGGACAGCGAAAGAAGAAUCAACGUAAAUUACGAAAUAAGAAACGCGCGCAUGAUCGCCGAAUGAGCGAAAGUGAGAAUUCUGAAACUGAAGAACGAGACAAAUAUAAAACGCAUUACAAACGUUCUUCGAGCGAGGAAACUUCAGAGAUUGUUAAACCUAUACUUACUCGAGACAAACAUUCGCAGCAACAAAGAACCGCUAAUAUCGAAAUCGCACAAUCAAAGGCGGAUGAUAAACAUUCUUUACAUCAACGUAAAUCUAAUUUCGAAGAAAAGCUCACCGAAGAUGUUCUAGCCGACACUUCGAAUAAUGUCACGAAAGAUGUAGGUCAGCUGGAAUUUAAGAAUGAUCUGAUAUUUGACCUCGACAUGUAGAUUUAGAUACGAGAUAAUUAUGCAUAAUUGUGAUUACAUAUAUAAAGCUAGUAAUAGCAGGGUUUAGUAUCAAACAACUACUUAGAUGGGAAUAAUUUUUUAUUAGUAUAGAGGACUAAAUAAUUAAGAAAGCAUUAAGCCGAAUCAAAAUCGUUAAUACAUCUUUAAACAAUUGACUCACAUAGUAUAUUAUAGUAAUAUAGCGAUAAAUCAUUUUAUUAAAUUUUGCUUAAUAUAUAUAAUAUACAACAAACCUUGAAAAAUUACCGUAUUAAAAUACAUUGAUAAUGGAUAGGAGAAUGGGUAACGAUACGAGAGAACACGAUAUUUUUAAUCGGAAUCUCUUAAAAAUUGCAGCUGAUUAAAUUGUUAUUGAAACGAUUUGAAUGAAUUGGCCGAAAGAAAAUAUAAUAUUCCCUUUUUAUGCCUGUUGAAUAUUACUGCCGCACAAUAUAUGUGAUUUUUACCGAGAUAAUGCUUGAUUAAAUCAAGAUAAAAAGUGUGAUAAAUUGCAAGUACUUUAGGAUAAAAAUAGAUACAAUUUUAAUUGAAAUUGUAUCAUGUGCAUUUACACAAAAAUAUGUUUAGGCCGCGUAAUACGAGAUGCAGCACAUUAAGCAUACGAGUAUACAGGCGCAUUGCAACAAACGCUUGUCAAAAGAUUGUAACACACACAUAUAUAUACAUAUAAAUGAAAAUAUCGUUUUGUUUUGAUUAAUUAUGUAUUAUGUGGCGCAGAGUGUUUGGUGCCUAAUAUCUAAUUAUCUAAGUCAUUAUAUUGUGAGAAUAUUGAAAGUCGUCUAUUUAAAAAAAUUGUAAUUUAAUGAAACACGCAAAAUUGAGAUGUUUAUUGUUUUUAUAUAUUAUAUAUUGAUAUUUUGUAAUUAUAUAAAUGUACAUAAGUUAUUUCGAUCAGGAAUCACAAUUGAAAGGUACGACGAAAUAUUUACAUAUCCGCGCUCUCAGCAUGUUCCAUUCCUAUAUUAUAUACUGCGUUUAAGAAUUUUAAGGAUUUCUGUUCUGAGUAAUCUACAUAUAUAAAUCAACAACAUAUUUACGUCGAAACAAUAUAUGUUAUCCUGUAAUAGUAUAAUACAAUGAUGAAAUAAACAAAAUGUUUUUACAGGUGA